AUGUCAGCUCGAUUGUAUACACCUGGUUCAUUCACGUCUUCUCGCUUCGAAUUCCGUCAACGACCGGGCCAAAUCUAUGAUGAGCUAACGCGAUUAUUCAAAGAUAUGGGGCCUACUGCAAUCGCGAACGCAGAGUACGGCAUCGACUUCUUUCGUGAAAAAUACGGCAAUGAAUGGUCAACGCAUUUUUGUUAUGUUGAUGGUGAAUCACAAGAGUUUACCGGAAACUUAUUUGGGGAAGUCUUGGGCGACAUUCAUGGCACUGCGGUUGGUGCACAAGGAAAUCAUUUCGUUGGGAAUGAUAGGUCAUCGCUCGCGGUUGUGAAGGAAAUUGUUAAAGAAGUCGUAUCUGAACAUCCCCUUGAUGCCAUAACACUCACUGGCCCGCUUUUAUACACGGCUCCACAAGCAGAGCGUAGGUCAGGCACUAAGGGAGGCAUUGAUACUAACAAUAUCGCCUCAAAACUCAAGAAGCGUAAACUCACCCAAUCCUCUGACGGUGAGAAAGAACCGGACGACCCUCACAAGAGUUUGGGUUUCCCUCCUGAUGCUAGCAUCACCGUCGGCGCGCAAUAUGAUUACAAGUUGAUGCCAGAUUAUGGCGGGAAGGUAUUCGCACUCAAUAAAGCACGCUUGCUGCAACCCGAUUGGCGAAAAAUCGACGGCGAUUUGAUAGUUCCUUGGAAAAAUUACCUGCAACUGAGGCCGGGGACAGUGGUUGUUGCGAACGUUAGUUUUAGGCUUCAUGUGCUGCAACCAAAAGACAAAAGACAAGUGAAACGAAAAGUUUAUCAAGCUGUUAUCAACUUCCUGAAAGUUGUCGCUGAAUCUGAUUUACCGGUUGAGAGCCCGGUUCCUCCCUCUGCCCAUAGUCCUCAUGCCGAACGUGACAUUCUCCCCGCUGAUGAUUGCGCUAUUUCCGUUCUACGAUCGAUUGGUUCUACCCGUAUUCCGCCCAGUGACGGAAAAGUUUUGGCCGUCGGAGAAAAUGGUGAUACAUCGAAAGAGACCCCUGUUCCAGCCAAACGACUGCGGCUGGCAAACGCGUCUUCAUCCAGACCUUCCUUAGACACCUAUGUCGGACAGGUCGAUCGAUUGGAACACGCUCCAGACUUGUCUAUUUUGGAGGAUAUGCACUUGAACAAUGUUGAUUAUAAUGAACUCAUGGAGGAAUUUGAUGUAGAUAUGUAG